AUGAACAUAUUUAGAAAUGAUUUACAUCAAUCGAACAUUCUCUAUUCUUUCAAGAUAUCAGGAAUAACAUAUUUAUCAGUAGGACUUGUAAGAGUGUUACUCAAAAGAAAGCUUAAGAAAUAACCACUAUUAUAAUUACCAUAAUUAGAAAUAUUUUGUUCCUUAGGCUUUGGAGCAUUUGUACUUUAAAGAUUGAAUUCGAAGGAAAUGAAAUAAUACGAUAAGCUUUAGCUGAGAUAAAUUCAAAAAUAAAAUCAGAUGGAAAAGUAUAAGCAGAGUUUUAAGGAUUAUAAGGAAAAUGUAUAACUAUGGACUAAUAGCUAGUUUUGGCAUUGA